GUUGAGAAGAGAUUUCUAUGGUUUAUGAGCCCCUGGCGCUGGCGUUGGACUAGAUAUGGAAACCGAUACUUUCAAUUCUUUCCCAGUCACCUGACUUGGGCUCAGGCGCAGAGACACUGUCAGUUCCUGAAUGCAAAUCUAGCAUCUGUGCGCAACCUCGGAGAGUACCAAGCGAUUCAGAGGGUCAUACUUAAUGGUGCUCGUAAUUAUGUCCCUACAUGGAUUGGAGGCUCAGAUGCUCAAGAGGAGCAUUAUUGGUUUUGGAUCGAUGGAACCCGUUUCAGAUAUGCAAACUGGUGUCAUGGAGAGCCUAACAAUGUCGGGGGCAGAGAGAACUGCCUGCAUAUGAAUUGGACAGGACACUUCUGUAUGAAUGACAUACCCUGUGACGCCAGAUACCCUUUUGUCUGCGCCAGGAAAGUCAGACGAUUUCUGGGAUGAAGGCUUGGUUCACCGGUCUUUGGAGCAAAUAAUCUCAUAAAUCCAGCUUAAAAUGUUUCUCUUCUUACAUCUUUACUUCUUUUAGUUCCCCGCAACGCUACAUAAGGAAUGAGUUGAAAAAUGAUGCAACCUGUAGUUGGAUUGUCUCUUUUAAUAAGAACAAACUGAGUGUGUAAUGGAAAGAAUGCUUUAAGCUUUCACUUUACUUCCCUGAAUGAACAUCAUCUUCAUU